AUGCGUCUGUUACAUUAUCCUCCGCAACCCGCGCGACACGAGGAGGGCGUGAUUGGCAUUGGCGCCCAUACUGAGACUCGCCAGUGCUUCACCAUCCUGUGGCAACAAGACGAUGUCCGGGCGCUCCAGGCGCAAAACACGAACGGCAAAUGGGUCGACGCCGUGCCCAUUCCCGGAACGCUGGUCGUAAACCUAGGCGACCAGUUCGCGCGAUGGACCAACGACGUCUUCAAGUCCACUGUGCAUCGCGCGAUCAACAACUCUGGCAUGGAGCGAUACUCCAUCCCGCUCUUCUUCGGGACGGACUACGAUGUCAAACUCGAGGUGCGCUUCUGUCCAUCCUGCAUCGCGAUUGAUUGGCUUCCUCACAUGUAA